AUGACAAGCAGAUUUGCCAAAGGGGCGGAAGACAGAGGAAAAACCCUCGAAGAAAGAAGGCCGGAAAGGCAUGAGAAGAAACAGGGCAAGAAACCUGAGCCCUACAGGCAGCCCUGGGACCGGAGAGACCAAAGGCCUUUCCCUCCUCGGAUUCCAGAGCAAAGGCCGUUUCCCCCACAUAUUCCGGAGAACCUGACCCCACUCAAUGCCUCCAGAGCUGAGGUGCUCAUGGCAGUACAGGAUAAGGAGUUCCUCCAGUGGCCCCGGCCUAUGAGAGCAGAAGCAAAUCAGCGAGAUCCUGACAAAUAUUAUCAGUAUCAUCGCACACACGGCCAUGACACCAACAACUGCUACCAGCUGAUUAUGGAGAUAGAAAGGCUGAUAAAGAGGGGACACCUCAAGAAUUUUGUGAAGAAGCCGGAGGGACAAAGGCCUCAGCCGAACCCGGCAGCACAAAUGCCCAGAAGGACGGGAGCAGGACCGAUGAAUGAUGGAUCUAGUGGGACCAUCAAUAUGACUGUCGGAGGGACCGGAGGUCGGAUGAGCCGAAGGGGGAAGAAGAGGGGUCGAGAUAGAGAAGGCAGCAGCACCGAAGUCAUACAGGUAGUCGAGCACUCUCCAAUGAUUAUCACCUUCUCUCCGGAGGAUGCUCAGGGAGUUCAGAUGCCGCAUGAUGACGCCUUGGUUAUUGAAGCCGUCAUCCACAACUACCGGGUGAAGAAGAUCUUGGUGGAUGACGGGAGUAAGGUGAAUCUACUGCCGUACAGGGUUUUCCAGCAGAUGGGAAUCCCUGAGGAGCAACUGAUUCGGGACCAGGCCCCAGUCAAAGGGAUAGGAGGAGUCCCAAUGUCUGUGGAGGCGAAUGUAAAGAUGGCUCUCACUUUGGGAGAAGCACCAAGAACUCGCACUCACUAUGCGGUGUUCUUAGUGGUCAAACUCCCAUUGAGCUACAACGCAAUACUGGGGAGACCUGCGCUGUUUGAUUUCGAGGUUGUCACCAGCAUCAGAUACCUGGCUAUGAAGUUCCCAACUGAGGCAGGAGUGGGGGUAGUCAGAGGAAGCCAGGAAGAAGCAAGAGCAAUGUACCUGGCCACGGUAUCAGAGCCGAACUCGGCAGGAGAGAAGCUUGACUUAGAAGUUCUGGAGGUCCGAGAUGAGAAAAAAGAGGCCAGAACGAAACCGGUCGGAGAGCUGGAGACCUUUCCCCUUAUCAGAAGCAGAGACAGAUAA